GGAUCUUACAGGACUUAGUCUGCUUAGACGAUGUCGCCAGAUGGUACAAGCAACCCUGCUGCAUCCCCAUACCGCAGAGUCCGAGGGCAUUGGGCAACGUCUGUACGACCGUUACCCCAGGCCCCUCAGGACCUCAGAAUACAUGCGCCUCUGGGCCGCAGUAUGCCCGCCCAUCCGCUCGACCACUUCCCACUCUUCUUCGCUGUCUCCCAUCAACGCCUGCGCCUGUAUGAACUGGAACUCUACGCUCGCCCAAUCUAACCCGUCUUCCCCAGCCACUGCUUGAUCUCCAGCGGCUUCCCAGCCCUGGGCCUUUCCGCUGUCCAAAGCGCCUGGUUCCAGUUCCUUGGUCAUCUCGCCAUCCCGGUCGUCCUCGUCCAGUUCUACAUCUUUGACUUCCUGCUCUGUUACCGCCACCCGGACCUCGUCCUCCUCGCACACCG